CAUCCGGAGUGGCCGAGGCGGGAGUGGCCCACGUGAGUGUGCGGUUCCCAGUUCUUUUCUGCUUAAUGAGGUAAUGAUGUAUGCUGGCUGGUGGAUGGUUGGUAGACAUGUGAAAGUAGAAUGGAUUGUCAUUGUCACAGUUCAUUGUGUUGGAAUGAGUACACUCUGGACAACUCUGAGUACGGGAUAUCUUGUCUGUCGAUCAUCGGACUCUUGCGCUGUGCUCUGUUACCUCUCUGAUGAAUUUACUCCGAGGGAGUGACUAUCAUUGAUUUAAUUACUCGGUGGGUUCAAUACUACUUCAGGUGUGUGUUAUUGUGGGCCGGUCGUUCAUGAUAGUAACUC